AUGAAUAUUACCCCAGUAACUCCCCCUGCAAUCUUUGCAAAUAUAUCUCGACUUCAUGAUGCAGCGAAACAACUUCCAUCCUCCACCCCUGGAGGGAGUCCAGGUUCAGUUUUUGGACAAUACAGCAUCACAUCGAUCAUGCAUGCCUUAUCAUUAUACGCAAUGCCUGCAGAUGCAUGGGAGGGGGAAAUUAAUCCAUGGCUUGACCAGCACUUUGGAGUUUGGGCUAUGGGACAGCUGGGGGCUAUUCAGAAGUUGGCAAAUCAGAUUUCGGUCAGUCCUCACGGCCUCAAUGGCUUUAUAGAAAUUCUCCAGUGGCUAGUAGGCAAUGGCUACACUGUGGACACCAUGCUUGGGGGGCAGGUGGAUAACAUAAUUCAUGCCAUUGACUUCGUUGUUGGAUCAUCUUCAUGCCCCACAUCCCCUUCUUGCACUUCCAUCGCAAAUUCCAGUCGUGAUGUGAGACCUGGAGUCAGUGUGGUGGAACGGUGUUCCAAAAUUGUGGCACCUUCACAGCAUCCCAAUGCCGGUCCUCCAAGAUCUAAAGCCCAUGCCGCUGAAAGGGGGCUUGUGGCUCUCUAUGCUGACUAA